CGAUUUCCAAGCAAUUCUGUCCUGGUGACUGUGCCCAGGUUAUGACGACUAACCCCAAACCCAACAAGGCAUUAAAGGUCAAGAAGGAGGCGGGUGAGAACGCACCGGCGCUCAGUGAUGACGAGCUGGUGAGCAUGUCAGUGCGGGAGCUGAACCAGCACCUGCGCGGACUCACCAAGGAGGAGGUGACGCGGCUGAAGCAGCGCCGGCGCACGCUCAAGAACCGCGGCUACGCGGCCAGCUGCCGCAUCAAGCGGGUGACGCAGAAGGAGGAGCUGGAGCGGCAGCGCGUGGCGCUGCAGCAGGAGGUGGAGAAGCUGGCCCGGGAGAACAGCAGCAUGCGGCUGGAGCUGGACGCCCUGCGCGCCAAGUACGACGCCCUGCAGACCUUCGCGCGCACCGUGGCCCGCGGCCCCGUGGCGCCCUCCAAGGCGACCACCACCAGCGUGAUCACCAUCGUCAAGUCCGCCGAGCUCGCCUCCCCCUCCGUGCCCUUCUCGGCCGCGUCCUAGAGCACGACCCAGGCGCGGGGG